GCAAGUCUGUGGGGGCCGCUGAAGGAGCUAUGGGACACAGUGGAGGGUGCAGUGUGGAGGAGGCAACCAGAGAGCGUCCACCUCCUAGACCUGCAACUCAAGAAACACAAGCCCAAUUUCCUCUCACUCUACAAGAACCCGGUGAGAUGCUGUCAGAAGCUAGGUUUCCAUCCAAUUGGCAAGAAUUUCAUGCAAAUAUUCUAAAAUCUGCAUAAAACUUUGAACAUUUCCCCAACAGAGAUCUGUUUCCAUCAAAUCACUCUCCACAGGGUCGGAAGAAAGUGGAUGUUUUCAGGGAUACAGUAUUUUCAACCUAACUUUCGUUUUCCCUGAAAAACGGAUGUGGGGACUCCGCUCGGGCGUCUUUUUAUGCUUGCUACAUUAGGUUACCAUCAAAUUGACAUGAUGCGGAGAUACACAAAAAAUACUUUUGUGGUUAAAUUCCCAUGUACCGAAUAAAAAAUACAAGUUAAAUGGGUUUCCAUUGCAUUUUCAACUCUACUGAUGGUUUCGAUACAAAAUAUUUUGCGCUAUAUAGGGAAUUUGCCCACUCUGAUCUUGGCACAUGCGCUCUAGCCAACAGCUCGCAAAUACAGUGCGGGUAUAGCCUACAUGAUGAGAUUAUUAUGGACAAAAGAGCGAGAUCUUUUUUUUUUUUUUUUUUGUCAAACGGCAGCCAAGCAUCAAUCAUCAUGUCACCAGAAUAAGACCCUUGAUAUUUAUUGGAAAGGAGCAUAAAGCUCAUCACAGUGCACUUUCACCACCCUGUGAAGUUUAUCAUAACUUAUUUAAUCUGUAGCCUAAUAAACUGCAUGCUUUCCCGAGUCGUAGUGGGAGGAUCACACAACAUAUCAUCGCGUGACUCCAAGUUGACUUUUUUCAUGAUGGUUAUUACACCUAUGUGAGAAUGCUGUUCAUUGGCUACAGCUCAGCGUUUAACACCAUAGUGCCCACAAAGCUCAUCACUAAGCUAAGGAACCUGGGACUAAACACCUCCCUAUGCAACUGGAUCCUGGACUUCCUGACGGGCCGCCUCCAGGUGGUAAGGGUAGGCAACAACACAUCUGCCACGCUGAUCCUCAACACGGGGGCGCCUUAGGGGUGCGUGCUCAGUCCCCUCCUGUACUCCCUGUUCACCCACGACUGUAUGGCCAAGCACGACUCCAACACCAUCAUUAAGUUUGCUGAUGACACAACCUGAUCACCGACAACGAUGAGACAGCCUAUAGGGAGGAGGUCAGAGACCUGGCAGUGUGGUGCCAGGACAACAACCUCUCACUCAACGUGAGCAAGACAAAGGAGAUGCUCUUUUUAAGUGGGAGAACUUGCACAAUUGGUGGCUGACUAAAUACUUUUUUCCCCCGCUGUAUACAAAUUACCUCGACUAACCUGCACAUUGACUCGGUACCGGUACCCCUGUAUAUAGCCUCGGUAUUGUUAUUUUAUUGUGAUUUUAUUUUGUAAAUAUUUUCUUAACUCUUAUUUAUUGAACUGCGUUGUUGGUUAAGGGCUUGUAAGUAAGCAUUUCACGGUAAGGACUACACCUCUUGUAUUUGGCGCAUGUGACAAAUCCAAUUGGAUUAGAUUUUAUUAUAUUAAUAUUUGCUCAUAAGUGCACCGCCAUUUCUCGCGUAAUUAAUGUUACAGACACAAAGAUCCCACCUUGUCUAGCAUAUUUAGUUUUGUCAACGUUUGGAAAGCUUACUGACAAAUUAGCUGUUUCCAUCAGGCCUGGUGUGACCUUUACUCACAUAAAGGGUUGGAUGGAGAUCUGGUUACAGACACACCAAUGAGUUUUACUCUUCUGCAAGCCAAGCAGGGCUUGCUGAAGUUGAUUUGCUUGAAGUUUUCUCUUUUUGUGUUCUUCAGCCAAAGAGUGCAGAGCAGAGGGAGAAGGUGCGGAAAGCCAGCACAGAGGGCAUUACCAUCCAGGGCCAGCAGGGGGCACGUCUCCUCCCUGAGCAGCUGCUUACAGAGGCCUUCAUCCUAAGUGACCUCUUUGACAUUGGAGAGCUGGCAGCCCUGGAGCUGCUGCUGGCAGGUAAUCUAUACAACAGUGAGCACCUUACCAAUGGAGAUAAACACUGGCAGGAUGCUUGUUUGUAAAUAUCACUUAUUUUAUUAAGGUGAGAACCAGCAGCCCAACUUCCCAGGUCUGAGUCGAGGGCUGGUUGCAGUGCUGCUAUACUGGGACGGAAAGCUCUGCGUGGCCAACUCCCUGCGCUCGCUCAUCCAGUCCCGCCAUGGCAAGACCUUCACCUUGGAAUUAAGGUAUGCUCUAUUUCCCUGUCUACUUCCUACUUUAAUAUUGUUCAGACCAGUUAUUUUUUUUCUCUGCCUUGAUGAUUGAACAACAGAUGACUUUGUGUUUUCCUCUGCACUCUGUUGACUUGGUUGUGUGUUCUACCUCAGUGGGGAGCUGGUGGCCCUCACCACACGCUUUACAGAUGAGCUGAUGAGCCAGGGCCUAACAAGACGCCUACUGAUGCUGGUGUCAGAGAUCAACGUGACACGGGAGUUUGAGCGCCUGCAGAAAGAGCGAGGCCUGGGCAACGAAAAACACCGGAAAGAGGUGAGAGGAAGCCCUCCUCAGAGGAAUUGUAUCAUGUACAGAUGAAGUUUGUCUUUCCUCCCUCACACGUUCGCACUUUCUCUUUCUCUGCCAGGUAUCUGACCUCAUCAAAGAGUGCCGACAGGCGCUGGCAGAUUGCCUGUUUGCAUGGACCUGCCAAUCACCUCUGGGUAAGGAUGACACCCUGGCCCUUAUUGGCCACCUGGAGACUGUGACAGUGGAAGCUGAUGGCUCAUUGGACAGCGUGAACCUGGCUCUCGUCAUGGCACUGCUGUACUGUCUGGACGUCAGCUUCCUGGAGCAAGGAACAGAAGACCGAGAAGGUUAGAUUUGCCAUGUAUUCUGUUGCCAAAUUACCUGAACAUGCUGCAACACACAGCAAUGUAGACUUGUGUAGACUACUACUAUGUAAAUAUUUCACUAAAAUGAUUGUGUGUCAACCAGACCUCCUCCAGGCCUUGCCCCUGCUGACAGAGAAGCAGUACGUGUCUGCAGUGCACAGUCGUCUGGUGGAUGGGCGGCCCUGGAAGUUGCCUGGGCUGCAGGCUGUGUGUCGGCUGGCCUGGGCCUUGGCCCUGCAUGCCCUCUCCCAGCUGCCCCAGGGCUCAGCCCUGGCAGAGUUUACAGAGGCAGACGAGGCACUGGCCGACCAGGCCCUGCUUGGAGGUGUCUUCCUCUUCAUGACAGAGGGCAUGCUGGGAUGUGAGGGCUUCACUCAUGAUGAAUUCUACACCCGCCGCCUCCAUUCCCUCAUCACCGACUUCCUGGCACUCAUGCCCAUGAAGGUUAGCAAUGCCACCUGUUUGGCUUUGUUGCUGUGCACUGGUGUGUUUGAGUAUGAUAGGAAUUUGAAUACAUAGUUUAGUUGUCCUUUUUUCAGGGUGAAAUACUUAUUUCCUUUAUGUAGAAGUGUGUAUGUGCAAGUUUCAAGGUGUGUGUCCUGUUGCAGGUGAAGCAGCUGCGUAACCGUGCUGACGAGGAUGCCAGACUGGUCCACAUGUCUCUGCAGAUGGGCAGUGAGCCUCCCUCCUCCGUGAGGAAAGACCUGGACCACCUCAUGAUCCUGGUCAGCCUUCAUUACCUCACCCUACACACUCACUGUCACUAGUGUAUUACAUGGGCUUUCUUAUUGCUAUAUGCUAUGAAAGUGACUAGUCAUUUGCUAGCAAUUUACAUUGCAACAUGACACACUGGAGACAAGGAAAAAAAGAACAACAAAGAAGACUGUUGCUUUCGCAGAGUAGCAUUCGCUAAGCCUAAGCAUAUUUGUCUGACUUCUUUCUGUGUGUUUGUAGAUCGGAGAGUUCUAUAGCAAGGACCCGUUUGGGCUGGAGCUGGCUCUGGAGUUCUGGUGCCACACCGAGUCCCUCCAGCACACCUCCCUCCAGGGCUCCUACCUGGGCAUGGCCAUGCAGAGGCCCCCACACAAACAGGUAAGAUCACCUUCCACAUCCCCUUUCCUCCCUUCAUUCAAAAGUAAGAUGAUACUUAAUUUAUUCUCCAAUAGGACCUUUUAUAGCAGCUUGUGUGCUGUGCCACAGGUGGUGCUGUCUAAGUUUGUGCGUCAGAUGGGGGACCUGCUGCCCCCCACCCUGUACAUCCCCUACCUGCGCAUGCUAAAAGGCCUGGCAAACGGCCCCCAGUGUGCCCACUACUGCUUCAGCCUGCUCAAGACCAACGGAGCCCCACACGGUAACUAUACAUGCUAUCACCUGCUAGGCACUGUAGGAAUCUGUAAAGAUGGAAAGGAAUUUUCUAAUGUUCUCACUAAUGGUGUUCCCCAGGGCUCCGUACUAGGUCCUUUCUUGUUCUCUAGCUAAAGAUAAAUGCAGCCUUCAUUCACUGAUUUUUUUUUUUUUUUUUUAAGGACACCAUCAGAUAAUACAUUGGACUUCAUUGUGUGUUGUUUGUUUUAGGAGAUAACAUUCAGGUGACAGGCAGCCCUGUGUCCUGGGAGCACUUCUUCCACUCCCUCAUGCUGUACCACGAGAACCUGCGCCGAGAUCUGCCCAACGCAGAUGCCACGCACUACCGCCUCCCGCCAAUAAGGGGCAUCACACAGAGGGAGCUGGACGGCCUGACCUCUUUCCUGCAGCUGCUCUGCACCAUCAUUACCUGGGUAUGAAGUGGUUUGCUGAAAACCGGUCUGGACAGACAAUAAGCACAUAAAGCAUGUUAAAACAAACAUGGGGGUCACAGUCACAAGGAGGGAUUGAAAUUAAGCUAUCUUAAUGGACCUUCAUUUGCCACGGUGAUCUAUCUCUCAUUUGUGUGUGUCUGUGUUUCAGAGUGAGAAUGCCCGUCUGGCCUUGUGUGAGCACCCUCAGUGGACCCCGGCUGUGGUGAUGCUGGGGCUGCUGCAGUGCAGUGUGCAGCCUGUCCUCAAGGGGGAGCUCCUGCUCUGCCUGGCCGCCUUCGGCAAGUCUCCGGAGAUAGCCGCCUCUCUCUGGCAGUCACUGGAAUACACUCAGGUAAGUCAGGUGUAUAGUGAGGAAGAAUGAAAAGCUGUAACAACACUUGUCUCGCGCAUAAGUAUUGAUAGUGCCUCUGAGGUGUUGGUCUGGUCAUGUCUGACCUGCCAGGCUCGCUUACGAAGUGCCAAAGCUCAUGUUCUGCUCAUUUCUCUCCAGAUUCUUCAGACAGUGCGGGCCCGUGGACAGAAACAAGCUGCUGGGAUUGAGGUGAGAUUUUGCCUGCAUAUGGUGCGUACGUUGUUUGCUUGUACACAUGUAUCGGUUUGUAACCCCUCUCCUUGCCCCUCUCAGGUGGAGCUGAAUGAGAUUGAGUCGAGCUGUGAGGAGUAUCCUCUGACCAGAGCCUUCUGUCAGCUCAUCAGCACAUUGGUCGAGAGCGCCCUGCCCGUCAAUCUGGGGGCGGGGCUCCGUGCGCCAGGAUUCCAGCCCUACCUGACCUUCCUGCGCGACGCCGUUUUCCUUCCCUUCCCCACCAGAGCCUAUCGCCGUGCUGCUGAGAAGGUACGGGAAUCUCUCCACAGUUAAGGUCCCUUUUUGGUGACAUUAGACUGGAUAAGACCAGUUUCUGUGGUUGAGGAUCACACUUCGCUAGUGAAAUUCGUUACAACCCAUGUCAGCACUUGCUCUCAGAUGCCAUUAAAGAAUGUUUAGAAGUGUGUUUUGCUACUAAUACCUACUUCAGGUUUGUCUCACUCCCCACCCCCUCUCUCCCAUCACCUCUCCACCACCUAUGCCCUCUAUCAGUGGGAGGUAGCAGAUGCUGUUCUGGAGGUGUUCCACAAGCUGCUGCGGGACUACGAGCCCCAGCCCUCAGACUUUGUCCAGGAAACAGUGGAGCUGCAGGGGGAGCAGGUGCUGGCCCACAAGCCUCCCGGCCACAGCCUGAUGUUCCACCUGCUUAACGACUCGCCAACCCUCACCCUCUGCCUCAGCCUGCUGGAGGAGGGCGUGCUCCAGCUAGACACCUACGCUCCCUUCCCUGGUCAGUACACACACACCUGCUAUAGCUGCCAAUAGUGUCUCUCAUUUCUUUUCUUUGUUUUUACCCUGUUGACUUCCCUGUUAGCGUUGUACAAGGAGGGGAACAUUCCAGUAUUUUCUUAGGUUACAUUGUUGGGUGGCUCGCAUUUCCGGUAUCUCGAGAUUACAUUUCUUUACAUCCACUCAUCUCUCUUGGUUCUAUGACUGUCCGACUUGCAGGUAAAAAGCAGCUGGAGUCUGCGGUGUUGCACUGCCUGUGUCUGCUGGACCUGGCCCUGCAGAAAGAGGUGGUGUUCAUGGACCUGCUGAGGGAGAGCCAGGCCUCCCUCAUCGUCUCCCCCUUGGAGCAGCUCCUGCAGGGAGUCAGUGCCCAGAGCCGCCGGGCUGACCACAUCGUCAACAUCGCCAGGUACUGGAACACUCACCUCGACUUCAUCUGACCAGGGUCUACACAUGAGGAGACUUUUAGCUAAAUCUGGGACAUACGCAGAAAUGUUGACUUUGAAGUUGAAGUACAAUGUCCCUGUCAAAUGAACACAAUACAGUAGAAUUCCCUCUCUAGCCCAGAAAGGUCCAUAGCCCAAUUUUGAGUCUCAGGCCCAAAGCUUGAAGUCAGGCCAUACCCCCCCUUUACCUCCACUUCUUAUUCCCUGGUUUGUGUUUGUCCCUGGCAGGUACCUAUACCACAGCAGUUCCAACCCAGAGGCGGCCUUCCAGAGUGCUAAGAUACUGCAGAGGAUUGCCCGCUACCCCAACAUCCAGAACAGACUGGUGGGAGACUUCACACAUGACCAGGCUGUUAGUGACAAGCUGAUGGCUGGCUUCGUGGAGUGUCUGGACAAUGAGGGGGCCGAGGAGGGACUGGAGAAAGGAGACGGUGAGUCACAUUCUCAUUCUAUCAACAAUGUUUAUCUCCGAGUGUGAAAGAUGUCCAGCCUGCCCAUGUAAAGAUCAACUGCCCCUAAAAAGCAACUUCUCGUUUUAAAAACAGCCUUUGUUGCAUCAAUAUGAGUCAGAAACAUUUAUUCUAGUGUCAAAAUUGACUACAAUGUGUAAAAUAGGAUAAUUUUGGUUAUAAAGUCGGUUAUAAAGUCAGUCUCGUCCAAAACUUAGAUUUGUGAGAUGAUUAUAGGAACAAAUUACAUGUCACAGAAUGAAGGGUACCGUAACAGUUUUCCUUGGGUUGGGUUUACAGUGAGGGAAAAAAAUAUUUGAUCCCCUGCUGAUUUUGUACGUUUGCCCACUGACAAAGAAAUGAUCAGUCUAUAAUUUUAAUGGUAGGUUUAUUUGAACAGUGAGAGACAGAAUAACAACAAAAAAAUCCAGAAAAACGCAUGUCAAAAAUGUUAUAAAUUGAUUUGCAUUUUAAUGAGGGAAAUAAGUAUUUGACCCCCUCUCAAUCAGAAAGGUUUCUGGCUCCCAGGUGUCUUUUAUACAGGUAACGAGCUGAGAUUAGGAGCACACUCUUAAAGGGAGUGCUCCUAAUCUCAGCUUGUUACCUGUAUAAAAGACACCUGUCUACAGAAGCAAUCAAUCAAUCAGAUUCCGAACUCUACACCAUGGCCAAGACCAAAGAGCUCUCCAAGGAUGUCAGGGACAAGAUUGUAGACCUACACAAGGCUGGAAUGGGCUACAAGACCAUCGCCAAGCAGCUUGGUUAGAAGGUGACAACAGUUGGUGCGAUUAUUUGCAAAUGGAAUUAACACAAAAGAACUGUCAAUCUCCCUCGGCCUGGGUCUCCAUGCAAGAUCUCACCUCGUGGAGUUGCAAUGAUCAUGAGAACGGUGAGGAAUCAGCCCAGAACUACACGGGAGGAUCUUGUCAAUGAUCUCAAGGCAGCUGGGACCAUAGUCACCAAGAAAACAAUUGGUAACAUACUACGCCGUGAAGGACUGAAAUCCUGCAGCGCCUGCAAGGUCCCCCUGUUCAAGAAAGCACAUAUACAGGCCCGUCUGAAGUUUGCCAAUGAUUCAGAGGAGAACUGGAUGAAAGUGUUGUGGUCAGAUGAGACCAAAAUUGAGCUCUUUGGCAUCAACUUAACUCGCUGUGUUUGGAGGAGGAGGAAUGCUGCCUAUGACCCCAAGAACACCAUCCCCACCGUCAAACAUGGAGGUGGAAACAUUACGCUUUGGUGUUUUUCUGCUAAGGGGACAGGACAACUUCACCGCAUCAAAGGGACGAUGGACGGGGCCAUGUACCGUCAAAUCUUGGGUGAGAACCUCCUUCCCUCAGCCAGGGCAUUGAAAAUGGGUUGUGGAUGGGUAUUCCAGCAUGACAAUGACCCAAAACACACGGCCAAGGCAACAAAGGAGUGGCUCAAGAAGAAGCACAUUAAGGUCCUGGAUUGGCCUAGCCAGUCUCCAGACCUUAAUCCCAUAGAAAAUCUGUGGAGGGAGCUGAAGGUUCGAGUUGCCAAACGUUAGCCUCGAAAUCUUAAUGACUUGGAGAAGAUCUGCAAAGAGGAGUGGGACAAAAUCCCUCCUGAGAUGUGUGCAAACCUGGUGGCCAACUACAAGAAACGUCUGACAUCUGUGAUUGCCAACAAGGGUUUUGCCACCAUGUACUAAGUCAUGUUUUGCAGUGGGGUCAAAUACUUAUUUCCCUAAUUAAAAUGCAAAUCAAUUUAACAUUUUUGACAUGCGUUUUUCUGGAUUUUUUUGUUGUUAUGUCUCUCACUGUUCAAAUAAAGCUACCAUAAAAAUUAUAGACUGAUCGUGUCUUUGUCAGUGGGCGAACGUACAAAAUCAGCAGGGGAUCAAAUACUUUUUUCCCUUUGUUUGUUAAACUCUGUGAAAGCUAUGCUGAGAGCUAAGCUGUAUUUCAAUCCUGCCCACAACUGGCAGCACCUAAGUAAUCAUCAAUUCGGAAUGCAGCUGCACGUGACCCGAUCGUAAUGCCCAUGGUCAAUUUGGUUUGACAUUCGAUAUCCCUAUGGGGCUGGUUAGGGACCAUCAGUAAUUACACAAUGUACAUUGGACAAUAUUUUCAAAUAAUAGCUCCAAAUUUCAAUGACUUAACCUCAAACAACUAUAAAUUGUAGAAAUUCAUAUACAAAUAUUGAAAGCAUUUCAUGUGACAAUUAAAAGAUGUGCAGCAUGAAAAUAUUGUCCCAUUUACAUUGUGUAAUUUAUUGACUAGCCCCAGAGAUAGGCUAUCCAAUGUCAAACCAACUUUGCCACGGUUGCUCAACAGCCGCUGAAGCUAAUUGGCGAAAGAAGUUGGCUAGCCUAGACAACUUCAAGACACGACCUGGUUAGACUGUUUUCACGUUAUCUAGAAGGGUGAGUGACUGUAGUUUGGCUUCAGUCAUGGCCGUUGCAUUUCUUAAUGAUUGAGCCCAUUCAGUCACUUUGCUCAACACAUCCGUUCAGUCACUCCAACUCACCACCUCUCUUCUCUCUGCCCCCCAGACUCUGAGCCAGCAAAGAAGGAAGCGAGGAUCCGCCACGAGACCCAGAUCCACAUCCUGAACCUGCUGAUCACCUCCCUGGAGCUGAAGACCCCCAACCUGGCUCUCUACCUGCUGGGCUACGAGGUCAAGAAGCCCAUCUCCUCCACCAACCUGCAGGACGCAGGUCAGUACCUGCUCUUUCCUUUACAUCAGGGUUGUAUUCAUUAGGGCACACUGUAGAAAAAAGUUUUGCAACGGAAAAUUAAAACUAGCGUUUUGUUUUUGGACAAGUUCAGGUAGUCCCUCACUGUUUCAGUUUAUUUUCUUCUGUUUGGUAUGACCCCGGCUUUCAUGACACCAUCAACUUGCCCUUGUAAAAAGUGCAUGUUUAUUAAUUUCUUUGCCUUUUUGAUGGCAAGACAAAAUCUUCUAUCUGUGUAUCAGGUGUGCUGGGGUGCCCACGGAGCUGCCUGCAUGCCAUCCUUAGUCUGCUGCAGAGAGGCAGUGAAAGACGCUCGGGUCCCGUGCUCACCAGCCAGGCCCCACACCUGGCUGAGCUCUGUUACCAGGUGAUCUACCAGCUGUGUGUGUGCUCGGACACCUCAGGCCCCACCAUGCGCUAUCUGAGGACCAGCCAGGACUUUCUGUUCACCCACCUGCAGCACCUGCCCUUCAUCCUGCCAGGUGAGCUCCUCACUGGCAUCUCAAUAUACUUCCUAUCCUGGUCUCCUCUCUUUCAUCUGCACUGAAUCUGAAAACACAGGAUAGGUGGAAGUAUUAUGGGGGCAUUUGUACACCUACAAAUACUCAGUCGUCCUUCUUAACUGAGCUGCCAGAGAGGAAGGAAACUACUCAGGGUUUCACACUAUUCUCUCUAACCUGUGUCCCUCCCACUACCCUCUCAGAUGAUGAGAUCUCCGCCCUGUCCCAGAUGUCCUGGCUCAUGAAGACAGCGGCCAUCGAACUCCGAGUGACAUCACUCAACCGCCAGCGCUCACACACCCAGCGCAUCCUCAACCUGCUGCUGGAUGACCAGCCUCGCACUCAGCACGCAGGUAACAACUAGGACACACACACACUGUAGAACUUGCAAUUCAUUGGGAUGAGUUGUUAUUCAUUGAUGUAAAUGGGAUAUGAGUAAAAGUGAAAAAGCAGAAGGCCUUACAGUUGAUAUUUUUCUUUAAUCAGCGGAUGGGGAGACUGGCAUGGAGGAGAGCAGAUCUGUCAGUGGAUUCCUGCACUUUGACACCGUCUCCAAAGGUUAGUUCUAGUUCUUCACACAAACCUAUCUAACUGUGAAUCAUAUACAAUCUGUCACUAGGCCCUUUGUAUUACAAGUUGCGAAAGUCAAGAGCUUGUCUUGUUUAGCUAGUUGUACCGUACCAUAUCAUUUUAUCAUGUACUCAUCCCCUGUCCCUGUGUGAUGACGUCAUCAGUGCGCAGGAAGCUCCUCAGUGUGCUGGACGCCAUUGACUUCAGCCAGGACGUGCCAGAGCUGCUGCAGCUGGACUUUUUUGAGCGCACUCAGAUCGAGCAGGUCAUCGCCAACUGCGAGCAUGUCAACGAGCAUGGACACACCGUCUGCAAUGUCAAGGUGUGCCUGGCUUUCAGUUUGCAUUCUGUAUGUAACACAACCUUGUUUUCAAGCAUUUUGUUACUAUAUCAGUUUUAUGAUGAUGUCGUAAUCUCCACAGUUACUCCAUCGAGUCCUGGUAGCAGAGGUCAACGCCCUCCAGGGAAUGGCAGCCAUUGGACAGAGGCCACUGUUGAUGGAGGUGAGUGUUGGCAGUAUGAUUCAGAGCAGGGGUUUUCAAACUGGGGUCUACGGUACUGGGGAUUUCUUUAUGUGAAAAAUUAUAAUUUGAUAAAUAUUGCAAGCUGUAACAGAAUACCAUCAUGGAUACCAUUUUUGUCUCUGCGUCCAGUAUGAAGGAAGUUGGAGGUAGCUUCACAAUCCAAUGCUAACUAGUGUUAGCGCAAUCAAUCAAAUUGAUUUAUAAAGCCCUUUUCACAUCAGCAGAUGUCACAAAGUGCUUAUACAGAUACCCCGCCUAAAACCCCAAAGAGCAAGCAAUGCAGAUGUAGAAUCUGGGGCAGGGAGGGGACUAACACAGUCCAUUGAUUUUGUUAUGUUUUAGCAGAGGAACACAGCAUUAGCUAUGGCAAAACGCAUAGGCUUGCAGGAAAUUUGCUUUACAAAAUGCACUCUCGGUUCAAUAGAAAAAUGUAUAGAAUUGCAGAAAAUGUGUUUUACAACUGCAACAUUUUCUCUAUGCUGCCAAGAUACCUUUCUAGCUAAUAUACUGUGUUAGAGUUUACACUUCCUCUUCCAAUAAACGGUGGGGAGGUCAAAAUAAUGAAACUCUACCAAAUCUAUUCAUUUUAAAAUGUUGACUACUUCUACUUGCUAUUAUCAUUCACCUAAUGAUAAAACAUGAUUUAUUACAUUUUUGCUAACAUGAUGGGGGUUGCCAGUUUGCCUGGGUGGUAUCCCUGGGCAAGAAAAGUUUGAAAACCCCUGAUUCAGAGUAUAGUAGUAUGGUAUUUUCCUUGCAAAAUGGUGCUCAGGAGUUUGUUCAAGAGCAUGAAAUGUUACAGAACAUUCAGAAAGAAACGUUCUGACUCUUUCACCUAACUGAAUAAACCCCUGAUGUGUGCAUGCACUCCCCAGGAGGUGAACUCCAUCCUGCAGCAGGUGGUGGAGAGGAAUCGUGUGCGUCGGAGCCUGAGUGCCAAGCGCCAUGCGCUGCAGUCAUGGAGAGGCCUGGUGGAGACCCUGCUCACCGCCUGCCCUGCAGACCUCAUUCCUGCAGACGACAGACAGCUCAUAAUCAGAGACCUGCUGCUGGACCUGCACGAGAAGGUGUGUGUGUGUGCACGUGUUUAACUAUACUUGUGGGGGCCAGAAGUCCCCACAAGAAUAGUAAACUAACAAAAAAUUGACCAACUGGGGACAUUUAGUUAGUUCCCACCAGUUCAAAUGCUGUUUCUAGGGGGUUUAGGGUUAAGGUUAUAAUUAGUGUUAGGGUUAUAAUUAGGUUUAGGGUUAGGAGCUAGGGUUAGAGGUUAGGAUUAAAGUUAGGUCUUUGGGUUAUGGUUAGGUUUAGGGUUAGGAAAAAUAGGAUUUUGAAUUGGAUUGUGUCCCCACCAGGUUAGUUAUACAAGGCUGUGUGUGUGGGAGAGAGCUUGUGUGUGAGUAUGGCAACUCUGUAAAAUGGUCUAAGUUCUCCUGUCUCUCCCAGGUGUUGUCAGAGGAUGCUGCAGGAGAGCUGAUGCCCAUAGUAGCCGGGGCCGUGUUCACCCUCACCGCCCACCUCAGCCAAUCGGUGCUGUCGGAGCAGCAGCAGGGGGCGGGGCUGGAGGGAGGCUCGUCGUCGGGCUUCGCCUCCAUCGCUAACUCUGCUCUGCACCUGAUCCUGAGGAAGCUACUUGACUUCAUCCUCUGUACGGGUGGUGGAUUCCAGCGUCUGCGUGCACACCUGUACGGCUCUCUGCUCUACUACCUGCAGAUUGCCCAGAAACCUGAGGAGCCAGAUACACUGCAGCAAGGUACAGUUGAGCUACAGUAUUGCUGGGCAGACACAGAAAACUUUGAGAAUUAUCAAUUUUAGGACCCUAUGUAGUGGUGUGUAUUUUCUCUGGUCAUUGAUUGCAAACCUUCGUUUGUUUAGUUUACUAAUUAGACCAUUUUAAAAACAAGUACACAUAAAACUGGAAAAAGACUUGCUUGUACAUGAGUAAAAUCAUAGAGGAUAACACACAGUUAAGUCUGGGAAUUUACAUUGUGGUCCUCUUGUGGCGGCAGGUAACCUAGUGGUUAGAGCGUUGGGCCAGUUACUGAAAGGUCGCUGGUUCGAAUCCCCGACCCAACAAGGUGAAAAAUCUGUCGACGUGCCCUUAAGCAAGGCACUUAACCCUAAUUGCUUCUGUAAGUCGCUCUUGAUAAGAUCAUCUGCUAAAUGACUAAAAUGUAAAAUGUGACAAGAUGGCUUGGCAACACGGUUGUACACUGUAUAUAUACACACACUAGUUUGGACACACCUACUCAUUCAAGGGUUUUUCUGUAUUUUUACUAUUUUUUACAUUGUAGAAUAAUAUUGAAGACAUCAAAACUAUGAAAUAACACAUGUGGAAUCAUGUAGUAACCAAAAAAGUGUUAAACAAAUCAAAAUAUAUUUUAUAUUUGAGAUUCUUCAAAUAGCCACCCUUUGCCUUGAUGACAGCUUUGCAUACUCUAAUGUUAUUUCAUAGUUUUGAUGUCUUCACUAUUAUUCUCCAAUGUAGAAAAUAGUAAAAAUAAAGAAAAACCCUGGUGUGUGUGUGUUGAAUUCUAAAUAAUUCACAGACAGUGUCACAAGCAAAGCACCCCCACACCAUAACACCUCCUCCUCCAUGCUUUACGGUGGGAAAUACACAUGCUGAAAUCAUGACAUAGUGCAAGUGGGGGGGCGCUUUCCUCUUUUUUUGUUCUCAAUUGCUCCUCUAUUGUUCCUCAAGCAAGGGGGGAGGCCGAUGACAUCACAACUUUUUUAAAGCUGCCCAGAGAGGACGUUGCUUUUAUGGGCAGAGGCAGCUCAUUCCACUCGGAGUCUCCUGUAUACAAGAAAAGUGUUAACUCAAAAUGACACAACGACUGUUCCAGUUUAACAACGUUUACUUCACCGUAUUACCACAGUACAUAGUCGCCAUCACACUCAGGCCAGGUCCAUCUCCAGUGAGACUACUGCACAGGAGUACUAAUAACAGAGUGAUAGUACCGUAAUAACAGAAAUAUAGGGAUACUUAAAACAUGAACUUAACAAUCUCCCACUUUUCUUUAAAGACAAAUGAAACCUCAACAAAAUAAUGAUGUCCCAAGUAUUAUUUAAGUUCCCCAUUUACAAAAGGGUUGUGUGACAAAGUUUUUAUUUGUAUUACUCAAGCUGCCACUUUCCAUUACUGAGUGCCUUUAGGAGCACAAGACCAGAUGCUCCCUUUUUAGUCAGUCAGCAAGCUGUUCCUUUGUGGCUGACCAGGAAAACCGCAUUGAGGUGUGGAACCACAGUUGGAAUCACAGUUGUAGCAAAGGUCUGUGAGCCACCGCAGAUGAAGUCCUCAACAUGACAGGAAAGUACUCCAGUCAAAUUUGAUCAAGCCAAUAGAAGCCUGCAGGAUCCACUUGUGACAUGUUUCCACCUGUACUCAGUAUUGUUGCCUUGACUUUGUUGUACCAGUAGAGUGUUGCAUCUGCCAGGCCAUACACACACUUUUUUAGUUUCCACAGUGUUCCUUCGCUCUUAGCUUCAGGUGGAGGUCAGAUAUGAAUGUCCCUUGACAGCUCUGUUCCCUGCAAAAAUGCAGAUUUUAUGUCUAUAGAAUGAAGUGAACAUUUUUUAUGGCAGAUCACUGUCAGCAGCAAUCUGAGUGACUGAGGCGCAUGUCGGUGAGUCUUUUGGGAGUUCUUUAGCAGCCAGCUCCUCAACCUCUAGCCACUAGAUGUGCUUUUGGCACUAGUCCAGUUAAGGAUUCUUUUAAGGGUACACACCCACCUUGUUGAGACACAUUUUUGGCUGAUGUCUUUGACUUCCUCCCACUCAAUUCUUCCUCCAAUUACUGAGCUCAGCUAUUUUAGCUGAGUUAAAUGACACGUCCUUUGUUUCAAGUACAUUCAGUUUUUCUCAAUUUUCUAUUGGUUCAAUUCUGAGAUUAUCUAGUGACCAGUCAGCUGACCCUGUUGUACCAGAAAGUGUAACUGGUUCAGAGUACUACAAGUUGUACCAGUUCUGGUGUUUUCCUUUGGCUUUUCCUGCUCGUCCAAUGACUGUUGCUGUGUGUGGAAUACCACUUUCUCUGUCCAUGUAUUUAACAUGGUUGUUCCAAUCUGAAAACUGGACAAACUGUUAUCUUAACACGUUGCUGUUGUUGAACAUUUUCUUUAUUUGAACCCUCAACAGUAUUAGCUGUGUCAUGGUACAAGGUCUCUGCUCCAUUUCCUGUGUCAGUUUCAGUGUCCAUAUCAUUGGAUGCGACAUCUGGUAGGUUUGUCUGUUAAUGUGUCGUUUUCAGUAGGAGGCUGAUUCUCAGCAACAACCCCUCCAUCUUGUUGAUCAUUUACUUUCUGCAAUCUUGAGUUAAUGCACCCUCACAAAUAUCACCACACCAUCUUGGCCAAUGACUACUCCCGGUCCUUUCCACCCUUGACAGUUAACUCAUUUGUAGUACACUUUGUUUCCAGUCCUGUACUUCUCAUCGGUGGGUCGAAUUCUUUCUGAACACUGUUUCAGUGAACGCUUUUCUCGCUGCGUGUAGUGCUGAAAGGUGCUGUCCCACCCAUGCACUCACACUGGUCCCUUCUAGUGCUGGUGGCUUGUCAAUCUGUACAGAGGGAAGAUUAGUGUUCUGCCCGAACUCUAGUUGGUAUGGGCUGUAGCCAUGAACAUUGGGCUGUGAGUUUUUGCCAUCAAAGCCCAAUCUAGGGCUGUUUUCCAGUCACAUCCAUUGUCUUGUUUCACUUUCAGCAUGAUCUCUGUGAGUGUUUGAUUAUGUCUCUCCAGAAGUCCAUUGCUUCAUAGACAGUAAGCAGCAGUUGUCUUUACUUUGAUGUUGAAUUUCUCAGCCAUUUCUCUUAUUUCAUUAUUAUUGAAUUCUCCUCCAUUGUCACUGUACAAUUUCUGGGGCAGGCCAUGCACACUUAUCCAGAAAUGAAUGAAGAGCUUGACAAUUUCACUGGGGUUCUUUUGUAUUCACAAUGCUUCCAGCACAGAAGUGUGUGUGUGAAGUGGUCGAUUAUGUGAAUGUACCACACACUUGGUCCUAGCUCAUGUAGAUCUAAAGCCACUGUUUCAUUGUACUUGGAAGCCAGUGGCAAACCAACAGUUGGUCUGGGCUUAGGUUUGCUGUAUUUCUGGCAUGUCUCGCAACUGUUAACUAUCUGCCGUAGAAUGGAAAUACUCUCAUCAUUAUUCCCAGAACUGCUGAGUAAUUUCUGAAGUCUGUCAACUGUAGCAUGUCCAAACUGUUCUGAAGUUUUAACAAUACUUUGUUUUUCCUCUGUGGUCAUGUUCUCUCUGACUGUCAGAAUCUCCAUGUGCUCUGUGUCCGUCCGAAUCACAUUUUUACAUGGACUCUGUGAUGUCUUUGUCUAAAAUGUUUACACAAUAGUGGCCUGAGGUAGUAAGUUCAAGGGUCACUGGUUGUUUAAUCAUCACUGCCUUGUCAUUUUCUUAUGUCUAGUACAGCCCCUGCCUUCUUGAGGGAAGCCUUGCUUAAUAGUAAGGGGAUAUCUGCAGGGACCACCUCUGUUUUCAAUGUGACACUUAGUCUGACCAAUUUUUGCUGGUAUCUUGACUCUCUUGGUAGAAUGGACGACUCUCCCAUCUCUAAAUUUGAACGCUCUGUUGCUUGGUGUGUCAAUCAUAUUUUGUACUUUCAUAUUUAGUUCACUGACAUAGCUAUCAAGCCAUUUUGCACCACACACUGUGUGUGUUCAUGCAGUAUCAAUCACAGCAGAUCCUAAAGAUUCAACUAUAAAUAUCUCAGAAGCAGAUUUGUUUGAGAGAUAACAGUCUGACUAGGGUGGCUGGAGUCUUUGACAAUUUUGAGGGCCUUCCUCUGACACCGCCUGGUAUAGAGGUCCUGGAUGGCAGGAAGCUUGGCCCCAGUGAUGUACUGGGCUGUACGCACUACCCUCUGUAGUGCCUUGCGGUCGGAGGCUGAGCAGUUGCCAUACCAGGCGGUGAUGCAACCAGUCAGGAUGCUCUCGAUGGUGCAGCUGUAUAACUUUUUGAGGAUCUGAGGACCCAUGCCAACUAUUUUCAGACUCCUGAGGUGGUAUAGGCUUUGUCUUGCCCUCUUCACGCCAGUCCUCCAUGAUAGUUCGUUGGUGAUGUGGACACCAAGGAACUUGAAGCUCUCAACCUGUUCCACUACAGCCCGUCGAUGAGAAUGGGGGCGUGCUCAGUCCUCUUUUCUUUUUUUUCUGUAGUCCACAAUCAUCUCCUUUGUCUUGGUCACAUUGAGGGAGAGGUUGUUAUCCUGGCAACACACGGCCAGGUGUCUGACCACCUCCCUAUAGGCUGUCUCAUCGUUGUCGGUGAUCAGGCCAACCACUGUUGUGUUGUCUGCAAACUUAAUGAUGGUGUUGGAGUCGUGCCUGGCCGUGCAGUCAUGGGUGAACAGGGAGUACGGGAGGGGACUGAGCACACACCCCUGAGGGGCCCCCGUGUUGAGGAUCAGCGUGGCAGAUGUGUUGUUACCUACCCUUACCACCUGGGGGCGGCCCGUCAGGAAGUCCAGGAUCCAGUUGCAGAGGGAGGUGUUUAGUCCCAGGAUCCUUAGCUUAGUGAUGAGCUUUGAGGGCACUAUGGUGUUGAAUGCUGAGUUGUAGUCAUGAAUAGCAUUCUCACAUAGGUGUUCAUUUUGUCCAGGUGUGAAAGGGCAGUGUGGAGCGCAAUAGAGAUUGCAUCAUCUGUUGGGGCGGUAUGCAAAUUGGAGUGGGUCUAGGGUUUCUAGGAUAAUGGUGUUGAUGUGAGCCAUGACCAGCCUUUCAAAGCACUUAAUGUCUACAGACGUCAGUGCUACUGGUCGGUAGUCAUUUAGGCAGGUUCUCUUAGUGUUCUUGGGCACAGGGACUAUGGUGGUCUGCUUGAAACAUGUUGGUAUUACAGACUCAGUCAGAGACAUGUUGAAAAUGUCAGUGAAGACACUUGCCAGUUGGUCAGCACAUGCUCUGAGUACACGUCCUGGUAAUCCGUCUGGCCCUGCAGCCUUGUCAAUGUUGACCUGCUUAAAAGAGCUGUCCCAACACCUUAGCCAGGUGUAGCAGUGGUAUCAGCGGAGCCUUGUCUGGCAGCUAAACAGUUCAUUCAGCCUCAUUUACUGCCUUAAAAAAAAACAUUGCUGAUAUCGCAGACUUGCUUAAACAAAUGUGGUUUCUACUGACAAUUGAGAUGUACAAACUAUGGCAUAAGGGGAUGACAAGCGGAUAAGAGGCAAUCCGUAAUUUCGAUUAAGACAAUGAGCGAGCCAGGACGGAUGUAGUCAAUAACUAUUUGUUCAGCACUUUUGAAAUGUACAGCGACAGAAUUCAAACAGUUCUCCCUGUACACCAAGUCAGAACCGUAGGAUAAAUAAAGGGGGCAUAUAAGCAGAGAAUGAAAGCUCUUCAAAUAUUUGAUGAUUACAUUUAUCAAAAACAGGUUAUAGGCUACAUGUGCACCACCGAGUCAGAACAGUAGGCGAAAUUAAGAGGUGAAAAUAGACCAAAUUAUUAGGGUGAGGCACAUGGGCUACUAACAUCUUACUACACAACAUACACUUAGUAUUACUUUCUUAGCUACAGUAUACAUAUCUCCCUGGCAUAUUACAUAAUUUAUGCAGCAGCAUAUAAUACAUUUUUGGACUCACCUUGUUGUGAUGUGCUCACUUGAACAGGAAGGUGGCACGGCGGUCCUUCGUGGCAAAUUUUGUCAUCAAAGAAAGGGAAAGAGGCCGGAUUUACAAUUCCAAGUUGGAUGACCGUUCAAAACGUAUUUUCCCAGUCUGAGCUCGUUUAUUCCCGACUUCCCCGUUGCAAUGCUUGCAGUUAGCCACUGUCACCGAUUCCUUCCAAACCACUCAUUGUUGAAUUUGCGAUUUCCAACUUGUUGUGUAAUGUUUAUGUCCAAUGGCCGAUGAGCACCUAUAUGUUUGAUCUAUAAUUUCUCUUCAUUAUUUCUCUUCAUAUGACAAGGAUUAAAAAUGAUUUGUUGAUAUGAUCAGUUCAAUCAAAGCUACUGUACAUAUAAAGUGAUUUUAUUUACAUUUAAGUCAUUUAGCAGACGCUCUUAUCCAGAGCGACUUACAGUUAGUGAGUGCAUACAUUUUUCAUACUGGCCCCCCGUGGGAAUCGAACCCACAACCCUGGCGUUGCAAGUGCCAUGCUCUACCAACUGAGCUACAGGAGGCCUUAUCUGUGGCCAAUGACCUUGAGCCAUCUUGGAAGGGCACUUCUAAUGUAACUCUAUAGCAGGACCCAAAGGGCUUGAAUUUUCGAUAUCUACCCUUACUAAGGACUUGGACUUGGUGGUGAGGUAGUGUCCCCAUGAGUGACAACAUUGAGCCAAUCAAGGCGCAACACUCCUAUUUUCUGCUUGUUUGCCCCACCACCACAGAAAGCUCUGAGCUCGGCUGAAACACCUGCGUUUUGGAGCUGCCUUACUCAAGAAAACAAAAAAGAGACCAUGUUUGUAUGCAGCUUUAUUAACUCAUUUAUUUAUAUAUAUUACAUUGUUUGCAAACUGAUAUGUGACACGUGUUAAUGCCAUAAUAACAUGCAAAACAGGCAAGCCCCCCCCCCCAAUGUGGGGCUCAAAACAGGUGGUGCUCUUGCCCUGAAUGACGGGUCGCCACUGGGCGCGACAAACGUCUUUUCACCAAAAAGCAGUCAAAGCCAACCGUUUCGUCCUACCAUCAGGACAGGCAGUAUCUACCAUGUCGUACUUGCGCAUCCUAUUGUAACGUUACCUCUGUUCGAAAUCAAUUAUGUAGUCCGUCAUUGCAACCGAAAUGUCUCUAGUAACACCGUCAAAGUUUGAAUAUGCCUCGUAGGCAUGGUCUUUCUCUUCAUUAAGAUACACUGAAUCCAGUGCUCUGCUCAAAGUUCUCAUACCGUCAUCCUUGUUCAAAUCCUCCACGGAUAUUUCCAGUGCAGUAUCUCUCGCUCUCCCCUCGAGCGACAAUACCAUCGCAAGUGCUUGCUUUUUCUCGUCCAGAUUAGUAACCCGUGUCCAGAUUCCAAGUUCAUUUUCCGAACUUUCAUAUGACCUCUUCUCGUGGCACAUUGUAGUUAUUAACCAUCCUCUGCUACCAAUGUUAACUCAAAAUGACACAAUGACUGACUAUGUUCCAGUCUAACAACGUUUACUUCACCGUAUUACCACAGUACAUAGUCACCAUCACACUCAGGCCAGGUCCGUCUCCAGUGAGACUACUGCACAGGAGUACUAAUAACAGAGUGAUAGUACCGUAAUAACAGAAGUAUAGGGAUACUUAAAACAUAAACUUAACAAAAAGUACCUUUCCCAGCAUUACUCCUGAGCCUGUAUAAGCACACAUUAGCAACACCUGAUCUGGUGUUGUGGUUGUGUGCAUCCCUAGCAUGGGGAAAGUAAUCAGUCAGAUAUCUGGGCGCAGAACCAUAAAUAUUCCUGUAAACCAGACCCAGUCUAAUCUGGGACACCCUAGCCUCAACAGGCAGCCAGUUGAGUUCCUGAAAGCAGCUCCUUCCUAUGUGAUUACGUGGACUCACCUUCAAUACUAACCUGAUCAGGUUAUUUUGGGCUCUCUGGAGCUUCCCCUUCAGAAGCUUAGAUAAGCCCCCAACACAUUAAGUACUAGCGUAGUCAAAAUGACAUUGAAUGAGGGCAGUGGCUAGCACUCUCAUGGAGUCCUUAUCAAGCAGCUUUGACUUUCUAGCCAAAAACUUGGUGCGAGCAUUAACGUACCUUAGCACUUUAGUGGCCAUGUUCACACCCCCCCCAAGCUUCCAUCAAGGAUGCAUCCCAGGUAGCAAACAGAGCUUUUUGGCAGUCAGCACCUCUCCCCUAACUCCUCUGAUUUCAGAGGACCUACACAAUUUAGGUCUGGACCCAAAAAUAAUUGCCUCACUUUUACCUAAGUGCAGAGAGAGCUUAUAAUAUGUAAGCCAUGUGCUACUGUUAGUAAGCUCCAAAAGUGUAGCAUCAUCCGCGUAAAGGAAAAGACGUCACGAACAAGCAUCUUUCAUGUAGUUUAUGUACAGUAAAAACAGUGGCCCCAGCACGUUCCCCUGUGGAACGCCACAGCUUAUUGGUUUUCCUGACACAGUGAACCAUUUACCUGAGCCACUUACAAAAGAAAGAAGAUAUACCCGUGUGGUCAAUGCGGGAAGAGAUUUCAGACCCCAAGCAAACUAAAGACGCUUACCUUUUUCGUCUGUCUUUCUCUCUGUCCAGCAGGGAAGUCUAUGUGGGAGCGUCUGACUGCUCCUGAGGAUGGUUUCUCCAAGUUGCAGAGGGAGAACCUGGCCAUCAUCGAGAGCUACGGCACAGCCCUCAUGGAGGUGGUGUGCAGGGACGCCUGCGACGGCCAUGAGAUCGGCAGGGUAUGAAAUCACACUCGCUCGCACGCACUCACUCACAAUCAAUCCGAUAUACAAUACUGUAUCUUGAACUCCAGCCUGCCUGUCUGACUUCCCCUCCUUCUGUUUCUCUCUUUGUCAGAUGCUAGCCUUGGCUGUGCUGGACCGGAUCCUGUCCAUAGACCGCCAGAGCCAGUGGCUGCUGUACGUGUGUAACAGUGGUUACCUGCGUGUGCUGGUGGAGAGCUUGAGACAGGACGAUGCAGCCCUGCAGACCCUGCUCAGCCCCCAGCCCCCGCUGCUCAAACCUCUCUACAUCUACGAGAGCAAGAUGGUGAGAAAAGGAGGGAACACAAACACCAACCUUAAAGGUUACAGCGCUCACUGCUCAAACACUUUUACAUCUACGUGUGAGAUGGCCAGGGUUUAUAUUCAUACACUCCCCCACCCUCAAAAGGGAGUGCGCGCACACACACACACACACACACACACACACACACACACACACACUAAAUAUAACCCACUGUUUGUUUGUCUGCUAGGCCCUGUUGACGCGGGUAGCGAAGACAGGCCAGGGGGCUGUGGAGCUGCUGCGCUGUGGUCUGGUAGCUCAGCUGGUGGAGUGUCAGGUGUUUGACAUGGUGCCCGACAGCGACUCACACAGGUAAGGAGGAGAUGAAAAGAGGUAGAGAGAGAGUGAUGGCUGGAAAGUGUGAUGGAGCGAGUGAGUUACAGAUUGGGAAUGACCACAAAGAACAAAAAGGACGUUUAUUUUCGUAGCCAUCACAUAUGUAUCCUUAUUGAUUAACUGAAUCAUGUAGUAGAUGUAGAGGUUUUGAGGUUAUAUUUUACCCUUUCCCUGUCUGUCUCUAGGGUGUUUGGUCAGAGGGACCCUUCAGGGUUCAUCCCCAGCCCUCUCGACCGCUACAGACAGAUCCUGCUGCCUGCUCUCAGGCUGUUCCAGGUCAUCCUCACCUCCACCACCACACACCACCAGCAGGGGGCAGCACAGGUCCUCCAGUGGCUGAUCGUCCAUGCCGACACUAUCCAAGGUCUGCUGCGCUGUCAGGAGCUCAGUAUGGGAGCGCUGCAGGAACUCUCCCUGCUCACAGGCAUCAUCAGCAAGACCGCCCUGCCAGGUACACAUACAGCCACACCAGGGACAGUCACAACACCUAGCUGGGGCACACCUCGCUUCUGGGUUCGGGACUACUGUGAUAUUUUGGUGCUGGUUUUGCCAAUGUCAGUUUUGUGAUUGGCUGUGUGUUUGUGUUGUAGGAGCUCUUGAGGGACAGGAUGUGAACAGUGCAGCUCUGCUGGAGUUCCAGGGUCACAUUAGCAGAUUUCAGGUAGAUACUGGCACAAUACUAACACCCUCCCUCACUCUCCUCUGUCUCAUUUCAGGAUCUUCACAAUCACAGCAUCAGUAGCUGGACAGUUAGUCCUGAUAGGAUUGAGUAACUUAUCAUGUAUUUUGUGAUGUGUAACAACAUGCCUCUCCCCUAGCGUCAGUGUCUGUCUCUGCUGGGGCGUCUGGCGGGGAGUGAGAGGGAGCGGCUGCUGAAGCAGGCAGAGAUUGCAGCCCCCGGGGACCCUGCCGAGCGACGGGAGGAGAUGGAGGUGGCCAUGCAACAGGUACGAUAGAGGAAUGGUGAAAAGAAAAGCAAUGUAGCCUGUUUCCGGAUCUGUUUGGGCUGUCUUUCCAUCUCCUAUUGUAACAAUGACCAUGACGAGUUGGCAAGAUGCCAAAAACAUAUCUGAAAUGCCUCCUGAGUGGCGCGCCGGUCUAAGGCACUGCAUCGCAGUGCUUGAGGUGUCACUACAGACCCGGGUUCGAUCCCAAGCUGUGUCACAACCGGCCGUGACCGGGAGUCCCAUAGGGCGGCGCACAAUUGGCCCAGCGUCGUCCGGGUUAGGGGAGGGUUUGGCCGGGGGGCUUUACUUGGCUCAUCGCGCUCUAGCGACUCCUUGUGGCAGGCUGGGCGCCUGCAGGCUGACUUCGGUCAUCAGUUGAACAGUGUUUCCUCUGACACAUUGGUGCGGCUGGCUUCCAGGUUAAGCGGGCGGGUGUUAAGAAGCACGGUUUGGUGGGUCAUGUUUUGGAGGACGCAUGACUCGACCUUCGCCUCUCCCGAGCCCGUUGGGGAGUUGCAUCGAUGAGACUAGAUCGCAAUUAUAUAUCACACAAUUGGGAAGAAAAAGGGGUUUAAAAAAAAUAAACCGAUCUGAAACCAGGCUAGAAAGAUGCAGUUAGUCAAAGAACACCUGUUUGCUGUGUUGUCCCCAGGUGUGUGCUAACAUCAUGGAGUACUGCCAGACCCUGCUGCUGCAGAGCUCAGCACAGGCCCAGUUCAGCAUCUGUCUCUUCAGCCCCUCAGUCAACGAACCAGCCAGCCGAGACGGCCGCACAGGUUAGACACUCUUCUGCUACGCCGUGUGUAAUAAUAAUUCGCUGGGUAGUUCUAUUAUUGGAAAUGCUUAUCCCAACUCCCACUGAGACACCAACAGCCAGCCCUAACCUGCCUCACACCUAUCUGUUCCUGGAGCGCUACCCUCUUGUAGGUUUUCGGUCCAACCCCAGUUGUAACUAACCUGAUUCAGUUUAUUAACCAGACAAUUAUUUGAAUCAGGCGCACUAGAUUAGGGUUGAAGUGAAAACCUACAGGAUGGUAGCUCUCCAGGAACAGGGUUGGAGAGGCUUGACUUACACAUUGCACACACCCAUCAGGGUUAAUUCACGUUCCUCUCCAUCUCCACUGUCUGUGUAUGACAAAAAUCCUCUCCUGCCCCGCCUCAGACCUGGCCCUGCCAUCAGCCCCGUACUCUCGUGUGCCCAGCCUGGGCCUGGUUCUAUUCCUGCUGAAGAACAGCGCUGCAGACUUCUUCCGCUUCCACCAGAGCCAUAGACAAGCUCUGGGCAAGCUGCAGAGCCUGGAGCAGCUGCCCCCUGAGGAGCUCAAGGAGGUAACACACACAUUCACUCAACCUAUUGACAAGGUGAUUGACAAGUGCCGCAGCCUUAACCCUCUUCUCUAUCACCGUCUCUCUGUCCUGUGUGUAGCUGUGCGCGGCCCUGGUGUCUGGGACUGGAGUAGAGAAGAUCUCCUCGGUCCAGAGGAGCCUCUUGGCCAAGAGACGACUGGUUCAGCUCAUCAACAACAGAGCAAAGCUGCUGGCCCUCUGCUCCUGUAUCCUACCAUAUUAAAUUGAAACAGACCAGACUAAACCAGAUUUAGCCAGAUUAAAUUACAUUUAGCCACCCCACUGCAGAUGGGGUGGUUUUGGGGUAGUUUUGAUUUAGGGACAGGGGUGUCGAACAUGUGGGCUGAAUCCGCCCUGCAAGCCCAUUCAAUCCGGCCCACAGGUGGUUUGAGUAAAUCAAAAAAAUAUAUGCAUGUAUUUUUUUGGGGGGUGGGAAAAUAAUCAACUGUGUAGAAAUGAUAAUGGACCUACAUUUUAUAGUCUCUUCACUCUGUCCAGCUUGCUAACAGUCAUUGAAACGAAAGCUAGACAGUCAGAGAGCAUCGGAAAUUCAAAAAGCAAUGGAUAGAGGACUCUUUUUUUGUAUAUUUUGACGGCAAGGAAAUAUGAUACAUUUUAGGUGUGGCCCAUGGGAAAAUAUUUGUUUGACACCCCUGUUAUAGGAUGAUGUGUUGUUGGGUAUGAUUGAUGGAAUUCCCUGAGCUGUAGCUACUUCAUGUAAAUGUAAAGUAAAUGGAACAUUUCUUUGAAAAUGCUGUCAUAAUAAGUGGUGAGCAUGAGAAAUGCCUUGACCUAACCACACCUCAGAUGUGAUUGAAACCUGCCUGUUUGUGAUGUGGCGCCACCUGGAGUACUACCUGUUGUACUGCACCCCCACAGACCCCAAAGACUCCCUAAUGCCUGGAGCCAGCGCCUACAGAUCACGCCUGACAGACGGUGAAGCUCUACCCAGGCUCAGUUAACCCCCUGGGAUGGAUUGAGAUCGGUCCCCUAGGGAUAGCAGACCUUUUUAGAAUGUUUUAGUUUUUUUGACCUCCCAAAAUCAGGAACAUGACAAAUGCUGGAUAGACUUUUUCCUGGUUGUGUUGAUCACAUCCCUUCUUACUGGUGUGCUUCUCUUGUGUUCCCCAGACUCGUUUGGACGUGCCCUGGGCCUAUCCCGAGUCAGCCAGCAAGACCUGGAACAGGUGAGUUACUUCAUCAGGGGCUGACUGGACUAUACUAACUUGAGACGUUGCAGUCCAACUGUAAGUGUCAUAAGGGGAGGAGAGUGACAGGGCCUAUGUCUACACCGAGGACCUAGAACAGUGGGUGAUUGAUAGCACCGACAGAUGGCAAUCUAGAAAAGAUAUGUACAGGUGAUGAUGCAUGUAUAGGAAUUAGUGGGAGUGUUUUCAGCUUCAGUGGCAGACACUUUAAGUCUUGUGAGUUAGUUCCUAGUAAGACUGACUCCUCUCUGUCGGUGUGUCUCCAGCUUCAGAGUGACAUGGGGGCAGGCUUCGGAGAGGCUCUACAGAGGAAGCUGCUGGAGGUGGAGGGGCUGUACAGCCAGGUCCGCUCCCGAUACACCUUCAUCCAGGCCCUGGUACGCAGGAUCCGUGGCCUGCUCCGCCAGCCAAAGAGCUGAAACAUUCAACGGCCCAUACAUACAACAGACCUUUACAGAAACACACUCAUGAAAUGUUACUUGUUUAAAAAAUGAAAGUUUUUGGCUUGAUCUUCGCUUUUGGUGUUAUGGAUUUUUGUUUUUUUCUAUUGCGAAAUAAAAAAUAAUUUUCUAAAAUGUAAUAAUUUACCAA